AUGAUGAAAGCAUGCCUCAAUGGCUCAUCCCACUGCACGACUGUCUCAAACGCUAGCCAGUUAAUCGACAGGGUGGGCAGGUGGCCCCAUUCAGCAAGCCGCGACAAUUGCAUAAUCCCGGUGCAGCCAGGAGAUCGGACGAAGGGCGCCGGGGCCAGCGUGGUGGUCCCGCACGGCGCCGGUGCCAAAAUUAACCGAGCGGCGUUUAAAGAUAGGCCGAGUCGCGUUUCGCGCGCCCAACAACUCGGAGACGAACGCCGAAUACAAGAGCACAAAGGCAUUUCUCGGCCUGAAAGAGGAAACUGGCUGGCAGAUCGAGUU